AUGAACUUUCACUGUCGCUGCAUUUACAUCGAGGAAUACGGGCGUCUAGACCCGGUUGAAGAAAGCGCAAGUAUACAGAUUUCUGAACACGAACUUCGAGAAGAUGUUUCGCUAUGCAUUGAACGUCAACGAAACGUGGUCAAUCCCAACUGUCCCCCUGUAGAGCUGAUUGUUUCGGUGGCAGAGAUGACUUUCAAGGACAAUAUCCAAUCCGGAUUAUUAUUUUGGGUUUCUACCACUUAUAUUUUAACACAACAAUUAAGCUGGAAUACAACUUUAUUUGUAAUUUGCAAACUUUUAGCUCACUUGAAACUGUUUAUAUGCUUCUUCACAAAGCUUUUUCGUUUGGGUGAUGGCGAAGAGUGUGCAGUGGGUGAACGCAACUGGGAUUUCAAACGUUACCUUACCGUAUUCGGCUGCAUUGAAUCUGCGGCAUUCGAGGGACUGACGAUUACGUACUUAGUGAGAGCAUUACAGGCUUAGUCAAGACAAGUGACUUAGAUUGACCAAGUCCGUGAAGAAAUAUUCUGGCUGGACAACACGUGGAGUAGAAUUGAGCGGUUUACAAAGAGAUUGACUUAAUUAUCCAAUUCAACAACUCAAUAAAGGACACGCAUGCACGAACUUCCAUAGAAAAUAUAAUGGAUCCAAUCGUUCUUUUAAUGCUACGUAAUAUAAACAUCUAAUAAAGUGCUGGUAAAAUUGAGUAGUAUCUUCAAGCACAUUUGAUUGCACACAAAAUACAGCAACAAUGAUCAGAAUAUGUUUUAUUUUUUAGUCAAUGGCGGACAUUGGUUCUCAAGCCAGAGAAGGUCUUCCAGGGGGGAGUCUGUGUUCCCAUAUUCUCUUCAAAAGUUUUCCUUUGUUUUUUUUUGUCCCAAAAGAGAUUUCACCGUGUUCCCGUGUAGUAGGGGAUAACGUGCGAAAACUCGUCGAUCGCGGGCUCGUUUCCUCACUGAUUAUUUCGAGUUGUCCCAAACCCCACCCAGUUUCUAUGUCUGCAUAGAAACACGGAAAAUGUUUUCCACUUGUUAAAUGUAAAACGCGCAAAAGGCAAAAGAAAAGAUCAGCGAAUGAACGAAUUUGAUGACGUUUGCUUAAAAUAAUGUUUAUUGCAUUUACAUUGUAUCCUAUGAUACGAUCGGAAAUCAAAUUAAUAACUACAGUGGAGCCCCGAAAACCGAAAAUGUUUUUGGCGUACCUCUCAAAAUUACUUUGUUUUAGCUUUAUUCUCUAGUUUAUACAGUUAGCUAAAUGCAUUUGCCGGUUGAGAAACAUAAAAUAAUAUUGAAAAAGUAUCAAUUAAAAUGCAAUCAUCAAUGAUGCUUUAAAAGUGACGCCAUAUAGUAUGUAUGUAUUGAACAAUAUAAGCAAAACUUACAGAACUUCAGAUAUCAUUUUCACUUUGGCAUACCAUCUACAAUCUCUUCAUUUUAGCAUUAUUUUACAGAUAAAGCACUUAACAUUAUUUCUAAGUUUGUUUGCCGAUUGAGAAACGUAUCGAAUAAUAAGAAUUUUGAAUAUAGUCAUUCCUUUUGAGUGCGUGUUACGUAACAUACAAAAAAAAAUUUAGCAUUAGGCUAUAUAGUAUAUGUAUUGAGCAAUAUAAGCAAAACUUACUGAACUUCAGACAUCAUUUUCACUUUGGCAUACCAUCUACAAUCUCUUCAUUUUAGCAUUAUUUUACAGAUAAAGCACUUAACAUUAUUUCUAAGUUUGUUUGCCGAUUGAGAAACGUAUCGAAUAAUAAAAAUUUUGAAUAUAGUCAUUCCUUUUGAGUGCGUGUUACGUAACAUACAAAAAAAUCGCCUCGUAAUAAUUGAAUAAUUAUUAAUAAUAAUAUAAUGAUAACUAUAAUUAAUAUUAAUAGCUAUGUUGUAUUGUAAUCGGGGAUGCGCAGUGUAAUAUUUACACAAUUUUCGCUCCAAACCACUAUAUGGCUUUGUUUCGAAGAUCGCAACAAGUUUGUAUAGCUUUUUUACCCAGGAAUUGGUGUUUAUGAAUUAUACUUACGCGCUUUCAUUAUUUAUAAUUUUAGUCAAAUGACAAACCGACGCCGAUUCCUCGAAGUUUAACCCUGGAUACAGCAACCAUCCAGAAAUCGCGGAAAGAAUCGGUAGCUCGCAACAACGACCGUCGCCACAGCACACCUCUUGAAGAAUCCGCGGGAAUUUCCCGCAGUUGCGACUCUCUGGGCGAUGACGCCCCGUAUAAUAAUUACGUCACAGACAUGCAUCUGGUCGUUCUUAAGGACAUCUUACGAUGUUGGCGAAAUAUGCUUCGCAAGCCCACCAUCAGUUUAGCCGGGGCAUGUUGGGAGGAUUUUGAGAUCGUGGAGUCCGAAUCGCAGCCGAAGGUUUCCGAAGGCAGUGUGUCGCUGCCAGUGCGGUUACGAAAGGAGUCGACGAAUCUGGAUUCCAAUAAUUGCUGUGGACAGUAUACUGCCAAGGUAACAUAUACGUGAUAUUUUUUGCUGAUUCAAAUCUUCUCCAUCCACGGCUGUCCCUGUUUUGGGUUCUAAUCGCCCUGCAGCUGCACAGUGUGUGUGCCUGUUUACAGUAUGUCAGGGUAUUUUUGCCUGGGAGACACAUACUGCAAGAUUACCUAGUAAGAGACGAAUGUCUUGAUAUGAAUCUUUCCGAAGAAUGUCAGUGGUCUAACUUUGGCCAAUUAAUAACAGUUUUCUGCAACUGCAAUACAUAGAUAUCUUUUAUACACUAGAUAGCGCAUCUCUUUUAGUAAAAUUGAAGCCAAGAAUAUUCCAGCGGUUACCCCCAUUUGAAUAGAUGGCGGCCAUGUUGGUGUUUCCCACUCGCUAAUAAACGCUUAAAAACAACAAUAACUUUCAUCAUUUGAAUAGUUUAAAAAUGUAUUUGGAAUAGGUUUAACUUAAUGUUUAAGUUCCCUGUUUAAGAAAUAGAAAACAUACGAAUCUUAUUAUUUCAUGGGAAUACCCUGAGCCUGCAAUCACGGCUUCAAUUUUUUAAUUGUAGAAUAACUAGAUGCACUAUCUAGUGUAUAUGUAAAGAUAUCUAUGCUCCAAUAUCCUUAUAUUAAUUCCUAUGUCGUCCAAAUUGUUAUAAAUAAUUCAUUUCUGAACUCUUUGUAAAUGCAUGGUAAUCAAGGUCUCCUUUUUCAUAUAUAGUUUUACUAACUUUUACGCUAAAAGUUAUCAUUAUAACAAUUUAUAGCAUACACCAAGGGGCUGUUUUUAAAUCUUUCCGUCCGAUAUUUAAAAUUCUAAUACUUACCGUCAUCAGCUCUUGUUUCUCUUUGCUUUCUCUUCGCGUCUUACUAAAUCAACUUUAGUAAGAUUUUUGUCUCUGUGGGUUACUCAGGGCCGUAGCUAGACGUGAAAAUUGGGAGGGGGGGGUGUAUAUUCAUAUAUUCAUGUUCACACACCGUAAAAACAAUCGCUUUCAAAAGAAAUCGGUCGGGCAGAACACGAAUAUAUGAAUAUGCAAUCCCCCCCCCCAAUUAUCGGUUUAGCUACGGCCUGGCGUUACUGCUUAGUAAACUUGCCAUUAUAUAUUUUAGAUCAAAUGUAAAACUCCAACAAACGGGAACACAAAGUCGCCGUUCGAUCAAGACUACAGCGUUUGCACGAGUCUGGAAUCCCACGAAAAUGUUUCGCGUGUUCUCGCGUACUUUCGUGGGGAAAUACAACCUUCGGUGGUAGGCAUGAAGGACAACACAUCGCCUCUUCACACAACCAUUUCAAUUAGCGACCAGGUUCCUGUGCAAACCUGCGCGGAAUUUGUCGCGCAGUCAAAGGACGUGCAUUCUAAGGAUCCUUUAUCGCACGAGAGAACGGUAUCUUUGCUGAUGCUACAAUGCCUCAAAGGUAUAACACACUUGCACGAUUCUGGUUUUACCCAUGGGGAUCUGAACUUGAACAAUUUGUUUUUAAUUAAACAUGAUCGUGAUUUUCAAGUGUUGAUCGGGAACUUUGGAAAGUCUCAGCCUCUCGCGAUAGAACGGCGUGCUAGUGCCUUGUACAGUAAGAUCGAUGAUUCGCCGACGGAAUUAAGUGUUGGUCAUAAAAAUGAUUUUACAGCUGUUUCCGAAAUUUUCACUGCCCUAUUGCACCAGGACCACAAUGGCAACGGUACAUACGCAUCGAAAGCUAGCCACUCAACGCUUUCGGAACACCUUCGCAAAGCGUCGGAAAGACUUCGUGACGGAUGGGCUGGCCCUAAUCAGGUGAUCCGCUUCUUGCAGGCAUUGCUAUGGGGACCAUUUAAACUCGGAGAGAAUAUCGUAAUAGUUAGUGAAAAUAGAAUGAGAAAAUGGUUAGAUCAACAGCGAUGCGAUUUCAUUGCGCGAUUAGCAAUGGACGAGGCGUUAGCGAGAACUGACGGUAAGAAUUCAAGGAAAUUUUCAAUGGAGGACUUACUACUUUGUGAAUAUUUAACUGUAGCAACGCCCAGUUCGCUAGUGAGGACAGAAAAGUGCUGGUUCCUUGUUACUUGA